UAUUUAUAGGAUAAUAUCUCAAUGCUCUACUCAUAGGAAUGGUAUAAUUAAAGCAUCCAUAUUUGACAAGGUCGACAAUCAAAAGCAUCGUUGAAAUUAUGGAAAUUUUCAAGCCCACGCUGUUAUUCUUGAAAUUAUUGUACUCUCAUCAUCAAUCACCGUUUUCAUAGAUUCAAAGCUCGAAAAACAAAAAGCCCAAAAAUCAGAAUUUCCCUCUUGACCUCUUCUUUGUUUCGGAAAUUGAUUCUAUCCUUUGGCUACGUAUUUUGCAAAUAAUCUUUAUUCGUAUUUAUAUUUAUUGGAAAAAUAUACGUAAAAUGGACCCAGAGCAGACGUUUAUACGAGUUCAAGAGCGAUUCUCAGAGAUGCUGACGCCCAAAGUCAGAGUCAUGCUGGAGUAUUUAUUUCUUUUCUUGGCCAUCACCCUCUUCUGUGUUCUCAUUGUUAUGCACGCCAAUUAUGUUCAACAGCCUGGUUGUUCAAGUGAGCUGUCUGAAGUGGAGACGUCUGAGGCCCAGCUUAUUUAUAUUAAGAUCGCUAGCGCUGGCUUGUGGUCACAAAAUAAGCCCGGGUAUGAUGCAAUGGAUGCUCCUAAAAGAGAAACUGAAAAUGCAAUUUUAAAGGCAACAAAUGUUGAUGGAGAUGGAUUACCUCUCUUUGGAACAAAAUCAUGGUUGACUUGGAUAUCUUCUGGUGCAAAGAUGGGGAAAUCUCCGUUAAAAUUUUGGAGCACUGACAAUGAUGUUAUAGAAUCUCAGCAAGAAGCUUCCGUCAGCAGUGAAAGCUUUAAGACAGCUGCAGAUGACAUGGUGGUGAAAAAAAUUAAAGAUGGAUCACGCGGCAGGUUCUUUCUCUCACCCAAAGAGUCAACCAAGGCAGCAAUAGUUCACCUUGGCAGAAAGUGGCAUGGGCGUAUAUCUUUCUUUUGGAGAUUGGCAAAGAGAAUUCUUGGAGGUUUAUGGGAUGUUGCUGGUAUUAAUUUGAAUUUUGAUAUUCCCAAGUGGCUAAAAAUCUUGCAUUUUGAUAGGCUGAACUCCUUUGCAGUGCAGUGGCUUGAAAAGAGAAGCAAGGCAUUUGAGCCGACUUACCUUUAUACGAUGGAGAAGGGUUAUUUCUUAUUGCCUGAAGAGGCCAAAUCAAGGCAUAGCAUUCGUACAAUUAAUAUUAGCAUCUCGGCCCGACAUACUUGCUUUGGAAACAGGUGGCAGCAGCUGCUGAUAAACAGACUUGUUGGAUAUGAUACUAUUCUGAUGAAUAGUUUGUUGAAUUCUCCGGGUCAAGGUUAUCUUUAUAACUACCAAACAAAGGAGUUCUACAAUCUAACAUAUGCUCAUGAGCAACCUGAAAGUUAUGCAAAAUUUGGAGACUAUCUUGUGACCAAGUGUGGUGUGCUGAUGAUGUCACUUUUUGUUUUCUUCACCACCACAAUGUCAGUUUCAUUUACAUUGAGAGAGACGCAAACUCGUAUGCUAAAGUUUACAGUGCAGCUCCAGCAUCAUGCUCGACAUCGGCUUCCAACAUUUCAAUUGAUCUUCGUGCAUGUAAUCGAGUCCCUUGUAUUCGUACCGAUUAUGAUUGGCAUCCUGUUUUUCCUCUUCGAGUUUUAUGAUGAUCAGUUAUUGGCUUUCAUGGUUUUGAUUCUUGUCUGGCUAUGUGAAUUGUUCACACUGAUCAGUGUCCGGACACCAAUAUCUAUGAAGUUCUUUCCUCGCUUCUUUCUUCUCUACUUUCUGGUGUUUCACAUCUAUUUUUUUUCGUAUACUCAUGGUUUCUCUUAUUUAGCUCUCUCAACUACUGCUGCAUUUAUGCAGCACCUUAUACUCUAUUUUUGGAACCGUUUUGAGGUUCCAGCUCUGCAAAGGUUUAUGCAAAAUCGACGGUCACAUUUUCAGCAACAUCCGGAUUUUCACAUUACCUCCUCAACUAUUCUCGCCUCUACGUUACACAUUACAAGAUUAAAUACAAGAAACCCUGGGCCUCUUAACACAGAUUUGGCUUCUGGUCCUGUACUUCGAACUGGAACUAAUACAGGAAUGCCAAGAAAUGGUGCAACUGCAUUCUCUGGUCCUCAAGAACAACCUAGUAACGACAAUCCAGAAAGAUUAAGGAAUCCUCUUGAAAUUGAGGGACAGGCUGUCCUCAAUCAGCCGGAGGGUGGAGGGAACCCCGGGGCUAUGAACUCAUUUAGUUCCCUGUUACUAUGGAUCCUGGGGGGAGCUUCUUCAGAAAGUCUCAACUCCUUUCUGUCAAUAUUUAGAGACUUCAGAGAGCAUGGACAAGUUUUCACGGAACCUCCAAGGCAAGAAAAUCGUACAGAGCCGCAUAAUGAAUGAUGCAGCAAGAUGUCUGAGAGAAUUGACUUGUGUAUCCCGUGAUUUUUGAGAAUACAGCAGAGAGGUUACAAAGCUAUGUAGCUUUUGAAGACACGAGGUUUUAAUCUUCACAGGUAAUUGUACUUGUAUACCCUUUAUAAUACAAAAGGUGAUUCAGCUGAAAAGAGGGAACGAGGAUUCAGCUCUUGACCAGAAGAGUAAUUCGCUAUUGUUAUGCCGCUGUACAGUAGAUGUGACUGGUUAAUUUUGAGUAAAGAGUGAUCUCAUGUAGCGUGUAAAUCAGUUGAAUUGAAAUAGAGAAUGCUUCCUGUUAGUUAACAUUUGUCAUCAACUGCACAUCAAUCUUGAUAGUUCAAAUCCCUUCUUUUUUUCCCCA